AUAUUUAGACAGUCAAUCUAAUCGACAUGCUUCACUGUUAGGGUGAAGGCAGUUUGAGGUGCAUGCGUCCGUGAGGAGAAGUGACUCUGGAUGUGGACACAGAUUGUUGUUUAGGUUUGAAUGAGAAAGACUUGGCUGAAACUACACAAUCCAACCAAACAGAGAGGAGGCAGAGUUAAAGGUUAGGAGCUGAUUCAGGUGCAGGAUGUCAGACUCCUCGACAGGCGGCAAGUCUCAAACAUCCUCCCUUCAGGCCAAACUACACACCUGUGAACCCUGUGGGUCCUGCCAGCAGAUGGCAGAAUCCCCGCAGGACACCUUCAGCCUGAGGACUGCAGCUGUGAACAGGAGACACAGCGCCGAUGAUGCUGUCGGUUCCAGGUCCGGAUCAUUACCGGGACGAGGCACCGUUGACCCAGAACGCUUCCACCCGUACCACCGACAGUUCAGAGAUGGAGCUGCAGAUUGCCUACAGCAGUGCUCCUCCUCCUCCUCCUCCUCCUCCUUCAGCUGUAUGCAGGAAGGCUUCAGUCCAGACACAAGUUUACAAAGCUCCAGCAGUGAGGCACCACACUCCUGGGACCAAUACAACGGCAGCAUACAGACUUCAUACCCAGAGCCACCGGCUGUGCUGGUGGAGCCAACCUGCUUCCUAUCUCAAAGUUAUCCAUCGUACAGCUCAUCAAGCUCUCUAAAUCAGGUCUCGUCCAGACUCUACUCUAAUAAUGACCGAUCCAAAACCCCAAAGUACACUCUCUCAAACCUCUCAACGCACUCUCACCAGGACACCACCACAGAACCUCUCUUCCCAAAACCCAUUUACUCAUACAGUAUCUUGAUCUUCAUGGCUCUGAAGAGCAGUAAAACAGGAAGUCUGCCUGUCAGUGAGAUCUACAGCUUCAUGACUGAGCACUUCCCAUAUUUUAAGACAGCCCCGGACGGGUGGAAGAACUCCGUGCGGCACAACCUCUCCCUGAACAAGUGCUUCGAGAAGGUGGAGAACAAAAAUGGGAACUCAUCUCGAAAAGGCUGCCUGUGGGCGCUCAACCCAGCCAAGGUGGGGAAGAUGCAGGAGGAGCUGCACAAGUGGCGCCGGAAAGACCCCAUCAUGGUGCGCAGGAGCAUGGCGAGGCCAGAAGACCUUGAGACUCUUGUGGGAGAGAGACCAGACAAGCUCAGGUCUUUGCCACCUUACACCGGCUCAUCCCUCUUAUCCAGAGUGACCUCAUGUUACGGCACCUCCUUGUCGCCCUGCAGCCCAGCGCCGCUUCGAGCGUCAUGCCAAACCGUUCACCAUUCAGAGUUCACCCAUAUGCUGCCUCAGACACCCUGCUACCUCCCCCCCACCAUAGCUCACCCCAGCAACUCAUUUUCCCUGUGCUCACCCUGUGGACAUCUGCUGGCACCUGGUGUCCCGUCGGCUCCAGGAGGCCUAAACUCGUCCACCGCUGGGAAGAUGCCACAAGUUUAUACCUCUGCUCUGCAGACUAAGUGCAGAGUUGGGAUCAGGAGCAUGCAGGACCUGCUGUUAGAGGGAGAUGCCAUUUAUGACAUUGACACGUUCAACCCCAGUCUGACUGACCUGCAGCUGCAAGGUAACAUAUGGGAGGAGUUGAGGGAGGACAGCCUUGUGUCUGACCCUCACCUGUCCAGCCCCUCUGCCCUGCAGGACCCUCACAUGCAGACCGGCUGCCUGCCGCCGGUCAGUCAUACGUCAGAGGACACCACUGUCGGCCAAUGUAAAGAACAGGAUGACGACGACAAAGACGCGUGCUGGGGACAAAAUGUAGAGCAGCACGGCUGUUUGAACGGACUGCAUCCUGUCGUGUACUCAGGGAUGGACAACUUCCCCGGGUAUCUGACCUCCUGUAGCACAUCCAUCUCCUUAAUCUAAAGAUGUGACGGUUGACAAACACUCCUCCAUAUGACAUUUGAAGCUUGUACCAAAGUAUUAGUUUAAGCCCAGUGAUCCUGUGUUUACCACUAACUCAGUGUGUGAUAACAUCCACUGUCAUCAAGUGAGUUCAACUGAGAAAAAAAA